CUGGAGAGGGACGCGGAGCGCCUGGCCUAGCCCUCGGCGGUCCCUCCCCGCUCCUGGUCUCCCCGCCUCCCCGGGCCUGCCCCUCCCGCUCCGGGGGAGCCGUCUCUCCUCCGCGCGUCUCCGGCGCUCUCUCCAUUGUCUCUGCUUUUACAACAGAGGGAGACGAUGGACUGAGCAGAUCCACACCAUGGAGUCUUGGGUCUUACUGAGAACAUUCUGUUUGAUCUUCGGUCUCGGAGCAGUUUGGGGGCUUGGUGUGGACCCCUCUCUACAGAUUGACGUCUUAACAGAGUUAGAACUUGGGGAGUCCACGACUGGAGUGCGCCAGGUCCCCGGGCUGCAUAAUGGGACGAAAGCCUUUCUCUUUCAAGAUACUCCCAGAAGUAUAAAAGCAUCCACUGCUACAGCUGAACAGUUUUUUCAGAAGCUGAGAAAUAAACAUGAAUUUACUGUUUUAGUGACUCUGAAACAGACCCACUUGAAUUCUGGAGUUAUUCUCUCCAUUCACCACUUGGAUCACAGGUACCUAGAACUGGAAAGCAGUGGCCACCGGAAUGAAGUCAGACUUCAUUAUCGCUCAGGCAGUCACCACCCUCACACGGAAGUAUUUCCUUACAUUUUGGCUGACGAUAAGUGGCACAAGCUCUCUUUAGCCAUCAGUGCUUCCCAUUUGGUUUUACACAUUGACUGCAAUAAGAUAUAUGAAAGAGUGGUGGAAAAGCCCUCCACUGACUUGCCUCUGGGCACAACAUUUUGGCUGGGACAGAGAAAUAAUGCACAUGGAUAUUUUAAGGGUAUAAUGCAAGAUGUGCAAUUACUUGUCAUGCCCCAAGGAUUUAUUGCUCAGUGCCCCGAUCUUAAUCGCACCUGUCCAACCUGCAAUGACUUCCAUGGGCUCGUGCAGAAAAUCAUGGAGCUGCAGGACAUUUUAGCCAAAACAUCAGCCAAGCUGUCUCGAGCUGAGCAGCGAAUGAAUAGAUUGGAUCAGUGCUAUUGUGAAAGGACCUGCACCAUGAAGGGAACCACCUACCGAGAAUUUGAGUCCUGGACAGACGGCUGUAAGAACUGCACAUGCCUGAAUGGAACUAUCCAGUGUGAAACUCUGAUCUGCCCGAUUCCUGACUGCCCACUGAAGUCGGCUCUUGCAUACGUGGAUGGCAAGUGCUGCAAGGAAUGCAAAUCGAUAUGCCAGUUUCAAGGACGGACCUACUUUGAAGGAGAAAGAAAUACAGUUUAUUCCUCUUCUGGAGUGUGUGUUCUCUAUGAAUGUAAGGACCAAACCAUGAAGCUGGUUGAAAGUUCAGGCUGUCCUGCUUUGGAUUGUCCAGAGUCUCAUCAGAUUACCUUGUCUCAUAGCUGUUGCAAAGUUUGUAAAGGUUAUGACUUUUGUUCUGAAAGACAUAACUGCAUGGAGAAUUCUGUCUGCAGAAAUCUGAAUGACAGGGCCGUUUGUAGCUGUCGAGAUGGUUUUAGGGCUCUUCGAGAGGACAAUGCCUACUGUGAAGACAUUGAUGAGUGUGCUGAAGGGCGCCAUUACUGCCGUGAGAAUACAAUGUGUGUUAACACCCCAGGUUCUUUCAUGUGCAUCUGCAAAACUGGAUACAUCAGAAUUGAUGAUUAUUCGUGUACAGAACAUGAUGAGUGUAUCACAAAUCAGCACAACUGUGAUGAAAAUGCUUUAUGCUUCAAUACCGUUGGAGGACACAACUGUGUUUGCAAGCCAGGCUAUACGGGGAAUGGAACCACAUGCAAAGCAUUUUGCAAAGACGGCUGUAGGAAUGGAGGAGCUUGUAUCGCCGCUAAUGUGUGUGCCUGCCCGCAAGGCUUCACCGGGCCCAGCUGUGAAACGGAUAUUGAUGAGUGCUCUGAUGGCUUUGUUCAAUGUGACAGUCGUGCUAACUGCAUUAACCUGCCUGGAUGGUACCACUGUGAGUGCAGAGAUGGCUACCAUGACAAUGGGAUGUUUUCACCAAGUGGAGAAUCUUGCGAAGAUAUCGAUGAGUGUGGGACUGGGAGGCAUAGCUGUGCCAAUGAUACCAUUUGCUUUAACUUGGACGGUGGAUACGAUUGUCGAUGUCCUCAUGGAAAGAACUGCACAGGGGACUGCAUCCAUGAUGGAAAAAUCAAGCACAAUGGUCAGAUUUGGGUGUUGGAAAAUGACCGUUGCUCUGUCUGUUCAUGUCAGAAUGGAUUUGUAAUGUGUCGACGGAUGGUCUGUGACUGUGAGAAUCCCACGGUUGAUCUUUUUUGCUGCCCUGAAUGUGACCCAAGGCUUAGCAGCCAGUGCCUCCAUCAAAAUGGGGAAACCUUAUACAACAGUGGUGACACCUGGGUCCAGAAUUGCCAACAGUGCCGCUGCCUGCAAGGGGAAGUUGACUGUUGGCCUCUGCCUUGCCCAGAGGUGGAGUGUGAAUUCAGUGUCCUCCCAGAGAAUGAGUGCUGCCGGCGUUGUGUCACUGACCCUUGCCAGGCUGACACCAUUCGUAAUGACAUCACCAAAACUUGCCUGGAUGAGAUGAAUGUGGUUCGCUUCACUGGGUCCUCUUGGAUCAAACAUGGCACCGAGUGUACUCUCUGCCAGUGCAAGAAUGGCCACAUCUGUUGCUCAGUGGAUCCACAGUGCCUUCAGGAACUGUGAAGUUAACUGUCUCAUGGGAGAUUUCUGUUUAAAGAAUGUUCUUUCAUUAAAAAGACCAAAAAAAAAAAAAA